AUGCAGGGGGCCGAGCUCCGGGAUGGCGAGGCGGCGGCGGCGGCCGCUUCCUACCGCGUCCUGAGCCGCCUCCUCGGUUAUGGAGAGGCGGCCCCCGAGCCAGGCCCGCCGCCGCCGCCGCCGCCGCCCCCAGGCCAUGGCCCUCCGCCGCCACCCUUCCUCGCGCGGCCCGGCCCGCGGGGCUCUCGGCCGCCGCAGCUGAUGGUGUUCCGCAACGUGGGUCGGCCGCCUGAGGAGCCGGACGCGGAGGCGGCUCCGGAGCCGAGACCCUCGGAACUGCUGUGCCCCCGGCACCGCUGUGCCCUGGACCCCAAGGCCCUGCCGCCGGGACUGGCGCUCGAGCGGACCUGGGGUCCGGUGGCUGGACUCGAGGCGCAGCUGGCGGCUCUGGGGCUCCGGCAGCCGGCGGCGCCGGGGGUCAAGACAGUCGGUGGGGGUUGCUGCCCGUGCCCGUGCCCGUGCCCCCCGCAGGCGCCCCCUCCACAGCCUCAGCCGCCUGCUGCCACCCCGCAGGCCGGGGAGGACCCCACGGAAACGAGCGACGCGCUGCUGGUCCUGGAGGCCUUGGAAUCGGAGGCCGAGAGCCUGGAGACUAACAGCUGCUCGGAAGAGGAGCUCAGCAGCCCGGGCCGCGGAGGAGGCGGCGGCGGCGGCGGCCGGCUCCUGCUGCAGCCCCCGGGCCCCGAAUUACCCCCGGCACCCUUCCCGCUGCAAGACUUGGUCCCUCCGGGGCGCCUGAGUAGAGGGGAGCAGCAGCAGCACCCUCCUCCGCCCCCGCCGCCGCCCGGGCCCCUCCGGCCGCUGGCGGGCCCUUCUCGGAAGGGCUCCUUCAAAAUCCGCCUCAGUCGUCUCUUUCGCACGAAGAGCUGCGCCGGUGGCUCGGGCGCUGGCGACGGGGCCGGCAAGAGGCAUUCUGGAGAGCUGGCUGCUUCCGCCGCGAGCCUGACGGACAUGGGAGGCUCUGCGGGCCGGGAGCUGGACGCGGGGAGGAAACCCAGGUUGACAAGAACUCAAAGUGCCUUUUCUCCGGUCUCCUUCAGCCCCCUAUUUACAGGUGAAACAGUGUCGCUUGUGGACGUGGACAUUUCUCAGCGGGGCCUGACCUCUCCACACCCUCCAACUCCCCCUCCUCCUCCGAGAAGAAGCCUCAGCCUCCUAGAUGAUAUCAGUGGGACGCUGCCUACAUCUGUCCUUGUGGCUCCGAUGGGGUCUUCCUUGCAGUCUUUCCCCCUUCCUCCGCCUCCUCCACCCCAUGCCCCAGAUGCAUUUCCCCGGGUUGCUCCUAUUCGAGCAGCUGAAUCCCUGCACAGCCAGCCCCCCCAGCACCUCCAGUGUCCCCUCUACCGGCCUGACUCAAGCAGCUUUGCAGCCAGCCUUCGAGAGCUAGAGAAGUGUGGUUGGUAUUGGGGGCCAAUGAACUGGGAAGAUGCUGAGAUGAAACUGAAAGGAAAGCCAGAUGGUUCUUUCUUGGUACGAGACAGUUCUGACCCUCGCUACAUCCUGAGCCUCAGUUUCCGAUCACAGGGUAUCACCCACCACACCAGGAUGGAGCACUACAGAGGAACCUUCAGCCUGUGGUGUCAUCCCAAGUUUGAGGAUCGCUGUCAGUCCGUGGUAGAGUUCAUUAAAAGAGCCAUUAUGCACUCCAAGAAUGGGAAGUUUCUCUAUUUCUUGAGAUCCAGAGUUCCAGGACUGCCACCAACUCCAGUCCAGCUGCUCUAUCCAGUGUCCCGAUUCAGCAACGUCAAAUCCCUCCAGCACCUUUGCAGAUUCCGGAUCCGACAGCUUGUCCGGAUAGAUCACAUCCCGGAUCUCCCACUGCCUAAACCUCUGAUCUCUUAUAUCCGGAAGUUCUACUACUAUGAUCCUCAGGAAGAGGUGUACUUGUCUCUAAAGGAAGCGCAGCUCAUUUCCAAACAGAAACAAGAGGUGGAACCCUCCACGUAGCAAGGGGCCCCCUGCUGGUUACCACUGAGGGCAUGUGGUUGCCAAGCUCUGAUUUUGAAGAACUAGAUGAAGUUACCAUGAAGAGAAUGAGGAAGAGCAAGAUGGAAUAGGAAGGGCUGGGAUUCUCUGCGCAGAGUUGGGUUUCCCUCCACAGUCCUGGGGCUUGGAGCAAGCGCACAGCCAUCACUUGUGAGUGGGAGCUCUGCCGUCACAUCCACCCCUGUGAUGUCCUGGGACUGAAUGAGCUCCUUACAAAACUGGAAGAAGUCUCAACACUGUUUUUUUUUUCCCCCAGAAGUUUUGUUUUUAAUAUUUUUAUUUCUCAGUAUGUGAAACUCACUUUGAAGGCAGUUGGGGGUUUGUGUCCGUUAAAUUGGAGGUGGUGCAAAGGGUGAGCAGGUCCAAAGAAGGGGCGGAAGGAGAGGAUGCAGCCGUUCAGCUGAUGCCAGAGGCAGACUUGAGCCUUCACCAGGGACCUCAAAGAUGGGGGAGGAUCCAGAGGAGUUCAAAGCAGGAUGGGAAGUUUCUGAAGGAAGGGACUCUGCUCCUCUGCCAUGGGUGGCUUCAGGAGGAGCAGGAGAGAAGGGAGGGUCUUGAAGAAAAAAGGUUAUUGGGCAAAACUGACAAAUGGCCUUUGCUGGGGGAAGUGGCGACUCCUCGUGUCCUUUCCUUCCAAGGUUUAGGAACCUGACUUCAAAGUCCCCUCUUGUGGCCGCUGUGUUAGUUGUGUUUACUUCAUUCCGUAAGCUCUGUUAACCCUGUUGUCCCUUCAUCUUCAGCCUGUACCUCAUGGUAACGUCAGUCCUGUUGCCACUGCCGUGAGGCGCUGUUUCUCAUCGCCUGAGCGGUGCAGAGCUCCAGUUGUGGGCUGCCGAGGUUGGUGCUGCGUGCAUCCAGAUUCCCAGUGGCAACGAGCACCCACAGCUUGAGAGUCAGUGUCACCUCUCUCUCCACCACGAGCGGGCAUGUGGAGGAAGGAGAGAAGCAAAGCUGUUGUCGUUGAGCUCAUCCUAGAGAAGUCUCGGUGGGGUCUCAGCUUCACGGACUAGUGCAGUGCAGCGGAAGAGAGUGCUACAUCUCGUGUUUUAAGCUAGUCGCUGUUGUCCUCUGGAAGGAGAGGCAGCAGGGGCUUCUUUUGUCCAUGCUAGCAACCCAGAUGCUUCCUGUGUCAGGUGGACAUGGGGUGGGAGAGCCCAAUUCCAGGGCUUUCCAGCAAUUCUUUGUUCCUACAGCUCCCCUUGCCAGAUCAUGCAGUGUUAGGAGUUCACUGCUCUGGGGAGAGCUUGGCUGCUGAGAUCUCUUGGGGUCCCUCUGUUCACCCCUGCCCUAUCUCAUGAGGUGGAUACUAUUGUUAGGUUUGUGGUUUCCCGAUGGCUUCAGGCUUGGAGGCCCCAGUGUCUUGGUCCUUUAUAGAACUGCCUCACCUGAAGGCAGUGGCCUCUGCCUGCUGUCCUGAGCGGAAUGGUUGGUCUCCAUCCUUCAGCUGAGUGGGGAGGAUCCUGUGUCAUUACCAGGCUGUAAGGUGUGGCCGCCUGCUUUGUGGUGUGUACCUUUUUUCUCCUUGGCUUCUGGGACAGUUUCACUAGCUAGCUAAGACUGUGAUUCCACAGGUUGGCUUAACCCCCACAAAUCCUGCCUCUGAGAGUACAGAGCAGAGCCUAAAGCCUAAAGUCCAUUGAAAUCCUCAAGUGGCUGAUAUGCAACAGCCUGGAAUUUCAGUGAUCCGUAAAGUUAAAAUUGUGUUUUAGUGUGUGCUUACCUAGCUAUGGGCCAGAUACUGUAGAAAAUGUGAGGCAGAAGACACGGUCCUGGCCUAAGGGAGCUUUUCAGUAACUGCCACACAUGAAGCAGUUGGAGGACCACUCACUGUGGUGAGAAUCAAGGACCUCUCUUCAAAGAUGUUGAGGGUGGGUGAGGUCGGGGUAGACCAGAUGGUCCAAGAAAGCUCUCAGUUGAUGAGGGCAGGACAAUGAGAUGAGAGAGACACAAAGUCUGCAUGGGAUGGAUUGCACAGCACACAGCCCCGUUAGAGCAAUAGCACUAAAGAAUCCUUUCUUGGGGCAGUGGUCUAGACUGAAACUUCCCAGUUGUCAGGCAGGUCUGCAAGCAAAGGGUAUGUGGUAGUGAGGUGGAGCCUGAAGCCCGGCUCCCGCUCAUCACCAAAGAUGUCACUUUUGUGAGCUCAGCUGUGCGGGGAGGCGGAGCUCUGCAUCUUGAGGUACUGGGUUCCCACUGUGCAGCUCGUACACCCAGUCAAAACCAAACCAGCUGAGAAGAUGUGAGCCGGGCUCAGCACCUGCCUUCUCACUCCUCUGGGGGCAGAAGUAUUAUCUGUGUCCAUGGCCCAGACUAGCCAGACUGUUCCAUGUGCGCUGCAAAACAGGCUCGUGUGAAAGGAAGCAGGCUGCGUGGGAUGUGGCCGUGGGCAGCCUCGUGUGGAACAAGUCAGACCAGGCUGAAGGAAGGGCAGCUGUCAGGUGCAGUGGGCAGAGGGUCAGCAGAGCACGAGGAGGAGGCAGGCGCGGGGCCAGUGGCAGCACACGGCCUUCUCCCCUCUUCCGCAGUGCUGUGAGCGGCAGCUCAAGUGCAGUCUACAGAGGAGCGCACGCCUUUCUGCUUGCUGACUGGAAAGUCACAGCCUAGACGAGGCCUUCCCUUCCCGGGGCCUGUGGGUGAUGGUGUCGGCACCCUUGGCCUUGGCCUGUGGUGUAUAACCCUCGUGUGUUCAUAACCUUCCUCAGGGCAGGUGUGAACCAGUGUGAGCCAGUGACACUGCUGCUACAAGAUGCUCUUCCUGCAAGUGCUGGGGCUGUGCUGGAGGCACAGGAGGGCGGGGACUUUGGUGAAGGGAACUGGAUAAGUGGGCACAGCUGGCUCUUAGGAAUGGGCCGUGACCGUCAGCCUGGUUGCCUGCCUGUGCCUAGAUAAAGUGAAUGUAACACUCCGAAACGGGAGCUGUGGAUGGCUACGGCAGCCUCCUGAGAAGACAGACUCGGCAGGAAGCCUGGCUCCACGGCUCCCACUCCUUCUUUCCUCCUUCUCACUUGGGCACCUUGUUGAGGUUGGGUAUGAUGUGCAGUUUGCUGUAUGUGUCCCUGCAGGGCUCAUCCUGGAAGAACUGGGGACCUAGGGGAUGAUGGUCAGAGUUCCCAGAGCCAGAUGUGAGAGAUUGGACAGGGCUAAGGUGCCCUGGGGUGCCAGCCUUUUCUGCCCUCACGCUGGGCUCCCAGAAGAACAUACCUGACUGAAGUCCUCUUAUCCCAGCAGGCUGUGGGUCAGGGAGACUCCGUAGGGUUAGAUCCUUCCCUUCCCUGCUGCCUCUCCCGUAGCUUUUGCACCCUGACGUUAGAGGACCAGGCACUGGGGAAUAGCUCUGAGGCUGCUGGGCGGAGGUCUGAACGUGGGUGUGGGUGUCUCUGUGUCUGUAGGUGUGUGUGUGGCUUGUGUCUUCAUUUGCAGAAGUCUUGCCACCAGUUGGAGUGUUGAGAGCAUCUCCACUGGGGGGAGACCUGGCGUUUGUUUUCUACUUUUUAAGAGAAUGCCACGCCCCCUGUGCGUAAGGGUGGAGCUUUUGAGUUAGACAUUUUCCCUAUGGGAAUCCUCUUGGUUUGCUUUGUGGAGGGGGGAUGGGUAAGUGAUUUUAUCUGACCGUCGACAGCUGUUCUCACACUGAAUUUGUGCUAUUGCAUACAUGUAGCCAUCUUUCCUUUCACUGCAGCAGUGUUUAUCAGUAGUUCAGAAUGAUUUAUUUGCUCCUGGGGAGUAAAAACUUUUUUUAUUAAAAAACAAAAAGAAAAAAAAAAGUGUGCCCCCCUCCCCCAACUAUGACAGCUAUAGGGUUAUUAGACCACAAAGUUCAAGGCUGCAGGUCCCCAUGAAAUACCCUGUUUUCACUGGAGCCUUCAUCACAACACAGAAACAGAGAGCCAAGUCUUGGGAGGAGUGAGACAGGGGCUGGAUUACAGAGACAGGCACUGGGGACUCAGGUACUGCAGUUGAAGAAUAAUGAGUUGUAUUUAAAAUGUGAUUCUCUAAUCUGCCAGAGAAAGACCUUUAUGUGCAGAUUUCAUGUUGUCUUUGUUCUUUUCAUUGCUUCUCAGCCUUCCUGGCAGGUGUCGCCCAGUUUCUUCCUGUCUUCCCCACUCCCCCCCCCCCAUCCUCUCUACCCUUCUUGUGCCCCUUCCUACCCCUGUCUACCUCCCAGGAAGCCAGUCCUGCAUGCUGAGUGUGUGACAUGCCUUCGCUCCCGUUCCAUCUUCAGAAGGUUGAGGAGGGUACCUGGGACCGCUCCCCUCUCCUCCCCGUUCCCCUCUUCCACGGGCCAGGAGGUUAGGGGUGUGCACCAAGCAGUCGGCUGGGGUGGGAAGGCACGAGGGUCUGGUUGCAGCUGGACUGCGAUCGAAGUUGCUCCUGGAGGUGGAGGAAGACUUGGGGUGCCUUCCACCAGGAGCCACACAGCUCUGCACACAGCUGCAUCCUUAGCUCCUGCCGGCUCUGUGGGGGUGGACACCCCACCUCUGGUGUUCCCUUGACAGCGCCCUGCCCCUCACCCUUAGGCCAGAACCUUCUCCUAGGGGCCAGCAGGAUCCAGGCACCGCUCUGCGGGUAGCCAGUUGCUGGAUGCCCGAAUUGGUGCUGCCCGUGGCAUAGCCACUGCUGUACAUUUUUUGAUUGUCUUGAAGAAACUUAAGUGAACAGGAGUGUGCUUAUGGGCUCAGGGUGGUUGUGGAUUCUUCACCAGUGGGGAGCCACACCCCCUGCAGCCACCUCUGUCCUCUUUAGCCGCCCUGCCCUCCAAGCCAAAGCGUGGCCUGGCUCUUGUCUUCCCAUUUAGUUUUCCUCCUCCACUACCUUUUUGUGCUUAAUUUAUUAAAAUAGUUGCUGUAUAAUUUAUUUUCAUAAACUAUAAAAAAUUACUAAAUGGUUAAAAUAGACUUGCAGGCCAAUCUUAA